CUACGGUUAGUACAAAUGGACGCGCCGGUGUGGCAGAAAUGUGUGAACUUAGCUGUGAUGUCGACACCGAGCAGCAGGGCUGGAGAACAUAUUGAACGCGGACAUUUUUUGCAGUGUGGCACGCUCUGUGCCAAAAGCGCCGGCGGUGCGCAGGCAGCCUCCAGAUCCCACAGUUGGAUAGAUGGGUAUCACCAGCAUGUGAUCAGGCUGCUGAGUGGAUCCGAGCAGCUCCUACAUCUCACAGAUCCGCACUGAGCGAUGAAACCUGCACUGCCUGAGCCGUCGCUGCUCUCAGCCUGUGGACUAACUGGAGUGACCCCGGGUGUCUUUAGGGGAUGAUGGGGAUGAAGGAGGUGCUGGUGGUGAUGAAUCCAGCUGUAUUUUACUGCGAAAAGCGCCAACUUUCACUCUUCUUCUACUCUGUAUGUCUUUAAAGCGCAACAGCAUGCAGAGCUCCCCGAAUGAAGACAAGAUCCCAGUUGUGGGAUCGACUUCAAACCCCCAGGUCAGCGGAGUAGGCCUUUACUUCUGUGACGGCCAGCGGAAAGUUGACUACGUUCUAGUCUUUCAUCAGAGGCGGCACGGCUCUAUACGAUCUCCUGCCACUACAUCGGUUUCACAGGACCGGUUAUCCAUUGUUUCCAAUGGCAACUUUCCUCCGACGGGGGCCUCAGAUGUGGCACCAGCGAGGGGAGAUGGCAUUCCAGGAGGGGAGGCUGCAAGUGUUGGGGAGGUGUUCAUAGAGCUUGGAGCUGCAGGCGAGAACGAGUCAACAGAGCCUGCUGAGCAUGAGAUGCAUCUGAUCAGACAAGAGUUUGAGGCAAACCUGAUUGAGGCCGGAUUGGAGAUUGAGAGGGACAGAGAGUUGAAGGCGCAUGGCCCCAGCUUUACCCGGCUCCAUGCACCGUGGCCAGUGUUGUGUCGAGAGGCUGAGUUUCUCAAGAUUAAAGUCCCCACCAAGACGAGUUAUGAACUUAAAGAGGAAAGUGGUUUUGGGUCCAGCAUGAGCACAGUGUGGAGGAAACUGAACCAGCCUUUCCAGCCCAAAGUAUCACACCAGGACCACGGACGCACCAAGUUUCUUUCACACUGCUUCUCCCGGGACAAGCUUCACCUGUACAACAUCACAUCUAAAGACACAUUCUUUGACAAUGCUACAAGAGGCAGAAUAGUGUAUGAGAUUCUGAGGCGGACGGUGUGUGCACGGACCUGUCAAACCAUAGGCAUCAGCACACUGAUAGCUAAAGGCGUGUACGAUGCUGCCUUCCCCAUUCACGAUGGUGACUAUAAGGUCAUCGGACACCUCGAGGAGAGGAACGACAGACAGGUUCUGCACGAAGAGUGGGCCAAAUACUCAGCCUUUUACAAGUACCAGCCCAUUGAUCUCGUCAGGAAAUACUUUGGAGAGAAGAUUGGCCUGUACUUCGCAUGGCUCGGUGUUUACACUCAGCUGCUCAUCCCUGCCUCCAUAGUGGGAAUCAUUGUGUUUGGCUACGGGGUGGCGACAGUGGAUACCAAUAUACCCAGUCUGGAGAUGUGUGACGAGCGCCUGAAUUUCACCAUGUGUCCUCUGUGUGACGGAGCCUGUGACUUCUGGCAUCUCAGCACCGCCUGUGGCACCGCCAGAGCCUCACACCUCUUCGACAACCCUGCGACUGUCUUCUUUGCCAUCUUCAUGUCUCUGUGGGCGGUGCUGUUCCUGGAACACUGGAAGCGUCGUCAGAUCAGUUUGAGCUUCAGCUGGGAUCUGACAGGCAUCGAGGAGGACGAGGAACACCCCAGGCCAAGAUACGAAACCAUCCUUCUUCAAAAAAGACAGAGGAAGCAGAAAAACAAGAAAAAGAAGAAAAGAAUGAGCCAAGUGAAGCAGGAGGACGGGACAGUGACAGGGAAGGACAGAUGGAGACAAAAACUACUGUCUGCCAUGGCUGCAGGAAUACCGUCUGCCAUAGAGAAGCUGACCUGGAAAGACCGUCUUCCUGGAUACUUCAUUAAUGUUUCCUCUAUCCUCUUUAUGUUUGGGCUGACAUUUUCCGCGGUUUUCGGUGUCAUCAUCUACCGGAUCACAGUGUCGGCACUGAUGGCGAUGAGCCCCGACCCAGAGACCAAGUCCAACGUUCGUGUGACAGUCACAGCUACGGCGGUCAUCAUCAACCUCGUGGUUAUCCUGAUCCUUGAUGAAAUCUACGGUGCUGUGGCGCUGUGGCUGACUGAGCUAGAGAUUCCCAAGACAGAAACCAACUUUGAAGAGCGCCUUAUUCUGAAAGCCUUCUUACUUAAGUUUAUGAAUGCAUACGCGCCCAUCUUUUAUGUGGCUUUCUUCAAGGGACGGUUUGCUGGUCGACCUGGAAAUUAUGUGUACGUCUUCAAUGAUUACCGAAUGGAGGAGUGUGCUCCAGGAGGCUGUCUCAUUGAGUUGUGCAUUCAGCUCAGCAUCAUCAUGUUGGGGAAGCAGCUAAUCCAAAACAACAUCUUUGAGAUUGGCAUCCCGAAAUUGAAGAAAUUGGUGCGUGCAUUAAAGGAGAAAGAAUCAGCACAGACAGAGAAGGAGGAGGAGAGGCCUCCACAGCAGUGGAACCUGGACUACGCUCUUGCUCCCUUUGAAGGCCUCACGCCAGAGUACAUGGAGAUGAUCAUCCAGUUUGGUUUCGUCUCUCUGUUCGUGGCUUCUUUCCCACUGGCUCCUCUCUUCGCCCUGCUCAACAACGUCAUCGAGAUCAGGCUGGACGCCAAGAAGUUUGUUACAGAGCUACGCAGGCCAGUCGCUGUACGCGCCAAAGACAUUGGUAUUUGGUACAACAUACUGAGUGGAAUGGGAAAAUUCUCAGUCAUCAUAAAUGCCUUUGUGAUCUCCUUCACAUCAGACUUCAUCCCUCGGCUUGUCUACCAGUACAUGUACAGUCAGACGGGCACCAUGCAUGGCUUCAUUGACCACACACUAUCCUACUUCAACGUCUCCAAUUUUAAAACUGGCACGGCACCGCACAACUCUGAGCAUGGAGACAUCACCGUCUGCCGAUAUAAAGACUACAGGGAACCUCCCUGGUCUGCAGAUGCGUAUCACUUCUCCAAACAGUACUGGUGCGUCCUGGCUGCAAGACUGGCUUUCGUCAUACUGUUCCAGAACCUGGUGAUGUUCCUCAGCCUCGUUGUCGCCUGGGUGAUCCCCGACAUUCCCAAAACUAUUGUGGAGCAGCUAAAACGGGAGAAGAAGCUUCUGGUCGACGUCUUUUUACAGGAAGAGAAAGACAAAUUCCAGCUCAUCCAGAGCCUUUUCGCCAAGGACGCUAACCUCCAACCAAGCAGCCACAUGCUCCAGCCAGGACAGACCAUCCCCAUCCCAGGCCGCUACAGUACUCUGCCCUCAGGCCCCACCUCUGGAGAUGGAGGAGGAGGGACGAGGGCGAGGUGUAGGGCCGCCAGCUUCAGCCAGUUCAGCAGGAAGGCUUCUCCUUCACCCAGGAAUGAAAAUGAGAAUUCGAGACACACGGCAGUGUGACGUGAAACACACAUAUGUGGGGAUGCCUCAGCUGGGCCUCAGGACUGCCGCUCGGGUGACUCAGUCUGUGUAUGUCUUUGCCUGUGUUUUUGUGUCCUGGUGUGUAUGACACAGGAGGGCUGUGGUUAAACACCACGGCUCGCCUUUGAACGCAUCAUUUGAAUUCACCGGUCUCAGUUUGGCUUAAGUCCACACUGACUGAAUGUGUGUGUUGUUCCUCCUCGCAAUGACUGUUCACCUGAUCAAGUGUUGUCAUUUUUACGUUUUGGUAAAAAAAAAAUUAGUGAGGCGCACUCGCUUCAUAGCGUAGAGAAGCAAUAAUUACUAUAUUAGGCUGAACAAGUGAAUACUGCAGGAACCUGGAAUAGACUGGAGCUGAUGGACAGGUUCAAUAACAAGCACUUACCCACCUGAACAGAUUGAUGGAUAUUGUGGCUCAGCUUCUGGGCUGUCAGAACUUUCCUGCUUUUUGUGCUUCUGCUCUUCAUGUAUUUUUGUUUACAGAACUUGUAGCAGUUACUACAUUUCACGUUUUCUGUAAUCUUCUCUCUUUAGAAUUCAGGAACCAUUUUGAACCAUUUUGAGACUUUACUAAAAUUGUAACGUCACUGAAGACGCAGCUGCUGGUCAUUGUUACGCCACACCUCCCCUACGCAUUCAUGGAUGAAUGGAAGUUUAGGAAUUAGGUGAUCGAUAAAGCAGGAAACAAUAUAAUUUUAUCCAUAUGGACUGACAUCUGUCAAGUGACUGUAGAAUGACUUAAUAUCUACACUUAAUAUACGACUGUAAAGAUAAAACCAACACUUUUGCAAACUGUGAAUGAGAGUGAGCUGGAAAUGGUCUCACAGUGUUGAUCAAUGAAACAAAAACUUCAUCAGCAUUCCUUCAUUAUGAAAUACCAGAGUGUGUGUUCUGCAGGUAAGUAAUGAAUCUGGAAGAAGACAUUUAUCCCACAUAAAGGUGUGACUCUUCAGCUCUUAACACAGAUCAACUUUACUUUGUACAACUGGAUAAUCUGUUUCUGACUGCCAACCAGUCUUCUUAUCACUGACACAUCUGCCUAAUUUAUUUGUUCGGAUCGUUUUCAGCUUGGUGGUUAGCUAACAUACUAUCUAGUCUAACUAUCGCUGUAUAGGUGUUAACAACUUACAACAUACUAGCUAAAUUAGCUUUUGCAUGUUAAAAUCAAUUGAAAUUUGGAUUCUAGACACCUUUUUCUGCAAAGAGAUGUAAGUUAUAAUGGUACUGUAGCUAAUGUACAUAAAGUAAUGUCAUUUUGUGAAGCACUGUCUAAUCUUCUCAGUGGGUAGUUCCUUUGGCAGUGGCUGACUGACAUUUGAGGGCCAGUGUACUUUGCUGUGCUUAUUAGAGCACUACAUAGCUCAGUAGCUUACAAACAUCACUACGAGAGAUUUCCCUGCUCUAACAAGAAGCCCAAGUCCUAUUAGUGAGUUGACACAUUCGUUCAUUUACAGUAUUCAGUAUCUGGGAAGACCUAUAUUAUAAAGCUAAUGCUACGCUCACGUCAUAUUUGAGUUAUUAUAAGUUUCCCACUUGUACAUAACUAAAUAGGCUCAAAUUUAAUAGUUAUAGCAGUACAAGGGAAGUGUGAAAUUUAUAAGCCUCUUACGUGCAACUCAGUGUUAUUACACUCCUGCAUAGCAGCCAUUAAUACUGUUUUCAGCAAAUAGUUUGAUUGUUAGGAAGAACUUUAGCGAACGUUUGCAUCUUUGAUUUGUUUGCGGUUUUUGUCUGGGACAGUGGAAAUCUCCAGUAAUGAGUGCAGCAGCAUCAGAAAUCUGGCUGCUGAUGUCCUCAGUUGUCUGCACAAAAAAAUCUUGUAAGGCCAGUGAUAAGCCUUGAUUAUACUCGCUGUGGAUGGACAGAUGGAAAGCUUUGGACACCGUGGAGUUGUUAUACUAUGUUCUAGUCACUGUAGAGUUCAUAUAUAAGCAGAAGGUCAUAUCUGUGUAUUCUGCACAUGGUUACAUGUGAAAAGCAAUUCUUGCACAGACAAAUUCUGGGCUGCAUAUGGAGAUCCAUGUAGACAGUUUUGGACUUGGACAGAUGUCAACCUUUGUCUCACACAACCCUUAUACAUUUGCAGAUGUUGAAAGUGUAAAAAUUGGCCUAACGCUGGCCUUUUACCAAUUCUGGCCAGUCUGCAAUAGCCAGCCCAUGUGAUAACUACGAUAGAAGGGCAGUAGCAGAAAACAUAGACACUACGCAUUGUAUGGAAGUGAACCUAUUCUCCCAGUGGACUCCAAGCAGACUAAAAAGUAGUACAAUAACAACAGAUACACAUCCAUGGCACCCACAGCUGUUCAUGUGCACUUCUUCAAGGGAGUGUAAUUAAGAUAUAAGUCUUUAUGUCCCAUAUUGUAAAAGAUGACUAGUCCUAUAUUUAUGAAGGUAAAGCUGGCUCAUUAAAUUUAGCCCUUCCCAUUAUUUCACCAACUAUUAUGGAGUCAUGUAGAGCUCCUCGGUAUGCUGGUUCAUCCUGCACUAUAUAGAAAGAAGGAGGCCUAGCUACCAUUAGCUGUGUCUCUUUUUUAUGUGUCUAGAUCAGGUUAACCAGACAGAAGUCACAGCAGGGAGUGGUCAGUGUGAUUCCAUAUGGUAGUCCCUGACUGACAGCACAGCAUGGAGUAACUAAAGGCUACUUUCCACUGCAGCACCUUUUGGGCCAUUUUAGGACAUUUUGGUGCUUUUUAGGGUUGAACCUUUGUGCAUGUUUCGACUGCAAGAACCACCUGUGUAAAAGUUUUUCAGGGCUGCUUCAGGCCCUUACUGUGUUUCUGAGCAGCCCUGACAAACUCCUGUGCAGGUGCCAGUGCUGAUUGCUGAAAUUCAGAGAAAAUAAAGGCUGCUUGUUUGUAUUUGUGGGGCGGCAUGGCUCAGUGGGUAGAGUGGCCGUCUUGCAACUGGAAGUUGCCAGUUUGAUCCUUGGCCCGUCAUGCUCAUGUUGAGGUGUCCCUGAGCAAGACACCUAACCCCUAAUUGCUUCUGAUGGGUUGCGGUUAGCGCCUUGCAUGGCAGCUUCUGCCAUCAGUAUGUGAAUGUGAUGUAUCUUGUAAAGCGCUUUGGGUGCCUUGCAGGUAUAGUAAAGCACUAUAUAAAUAUUUACCAUUUGGAAAGGACAACUGCUGUUUUUCUUCUCUAUCGAGUCCUUGUUAACCCUCAAGCGACCAAGCUAUUUUAGUGACUAAAAUGACCGACUGGGGUCAUUUAUGACCCCACUAUAUUUUACACAGGAAUAUGUCUACUUUAGUGCCUUUUUUUGUACUUUCUUACCUAUUCCACUCCCCUGCAUUUUAAGAUGGAUAUUCUAAAAUAACCUUCUGUAAUUAUUCAUGGAUUUUAAUCAUUUUUGACUCAGAGAUAAAGUAAAACCAUAUGAACAAUAUGAUGCAUUGUAAGAAUGCAAUAACAUUUAUUUAGACACACUUUGUCUGCCACUUCUUUUAAAACUUUAUUGCUUUUGUUUCCUCAACAGUAAAUCAAAAGUACAUAAAAACAAAAUCUACACAAACAUCUUGUCUGUAUGUGUGCAAUGUAACAUGCAGAGAAGUAUUUAGAUUAGGGGCGGCUACGGCUCAGGUGGCAGAGCCCUUCGUCCAAUGCAAGACACUUUACCCACCUUACCUCCAGUGCUGCCACUUACACUGGUGUAUGAAUGUGUAUGCUGUGUAAUGUUGGUGGUGGUCAGAGGGGUUGUAGGAGUGGAUUGGCAGCCAGUCAGUCUGCCCCAGGGCAGCUGUGGCUAAAAAUGUAGGUCUGCCAGCUAUAGUGCACUGUAACACACUGAAAUAUAGCGAUUAGAGGUAGAAAUAAAUAAAUAAAACUAAGGCCUACAAUAGUGAAAAACCUAUACAUCUUUCUGGGGUCAUAAGUGACCCCAGACAAGUUUCCAUUAUCCUUGUCACACCAGUUGGCCGAUCUCUACAAAAAAAACUAUGAGCAGCUGUAGGACAAGUAGAUUGACAAAUUCGAGGUAGGAAACAUUUUUCGGAUAAAAGAUAUGAAAACGGCAAAUAUAAUUAUAUGGCUGGGGUCAUAAAUGACCCCACUCGGUCGCUUGAGGGUUAAGUAGUAACUUUCUCUGCAAUGUUGUUAUCUUCAGUGUAAAUUACCUUAUAAGCUACUCAACAAAAGCUACAUGGCUCUCCUUCCUACAUGCUCAUAGAGUUGGAGUUAUUUCCAGUAUCCACCAUUAGUAGUAGCUAUGGUCCACUUGGAGUAAACGUCACAAUCGAAGCUGUCAGAUCCUAAACCACAAUGGAAACAGAAAGGACUAAAGGGCUGAUUAUGGGGGUAUUUCUUUAAACAUUGGCCCCUGAGUUUCUGCAGUGGAAAGUCGCCUUAACAUGCAGUCACAGAGUAACAUAUGGAGAGCUCAACCUCAGAUGGAACUAAGCCAUGGCUAACUGUCCACUCUAUGAGUCCUUUACAGUUAGUGAUAUUAUGAGCCUUUUUCAGUGCCAGCAGAAGAAUAAAAAAACUUAAAUUUCACCUGUUUGAUAGUAAGAAUUUAGACCAAGCACUUAUUUACUCUCACAGAGAAAGGAUAUCUGCUGUGUACUUGUUUCUUAGCACAGCUUAUUUUAAAGUUCAGCUCAACUUUAACCAUGAAUGUGUCCAGAGACCUGGUAAUAGUGUGGAAGAGUCAGUCCUGCUGCCAGUGUGUCUUGAUGACCGGCUUCAGCAUGCAGACUGUUUGAUGGUAUGUGCUGGGUGGGCAAACGUUCACUGAGUUCAUAUAAUAAUGUUAACAUGCCGACAUGCUGUAAACCUUCAGUGCUGUUUCAGAGGCCUUGUAACUGCUCUUUAUCUGCAAAUCAACACAGUAUCUGUCUGCUCAGCUAGUGGAAGACUGUUAACUUUAAAUGUAUCCACUUGGACUAUAGGAUGUUGUGAUAAAGGUUUAUUUGUUAUACAGGCUUUUGCUGUUCAAGAAGAGAAAUGUUCAACCUUACUCAAUCCUUACCUUAAGCUGGUGUAAAAAUUCCUAAUUACAGAAUUGUUGGAUGGAUUACAAAGUUAUUUAUUUCAUAUUGUGUGAUCUGUUUGCUUUUAUCCCACUGAUCUCUUUUUUAUUUUAUUUUGUUUUUUGGUCAUUUUUAACCAAGUAGUCCUAGUGAGAUUACUUUUGCUCCGAAAUACUACUAGAACAACAAACAUACGACACUGCUACACAGUGGCACUGCAACCAUUUCAACAGCAAUAUAUUCAGAAAAUUCUCAUGUACGGACACUGAGUUGCUUUUUUUUAUUUGAAUGAGCAUCAUAUUUGUCUUUAUCUCAGGUACCUGCUUCCUUUUGUAGGCUUCACUGCUUGUACACGCCCAUUAUCUUUUGGUAUGAGAUGUGAUGAGAGUAAAAGAUAACUGUGUGUGGGCUUAGUUAGUCUUUCCUUUUUAUUUAUUUUUGGAAAUUAGUAGAUCAGGUGCACAAACAUGGCAACUGAAUCCUGCCAAAAUCUUCAGUUGUUCCUCUCUGCCUUUUUCCAUUUCUGCUUUCCCGCUGAAUGUCCUAAUAACAAUUAAAAGCAUGACAGCAAUGCUCAAUCAAAUUGAAGUUAUUUUGCUGAAAAUAUUAUCAUGUUGAUAAACAGUGUAGUAAAAUAUAAAGGUCACCCAGAGUCCAAGUAGACCUGUCUAUUUUUCUCAUGAGGUGGUGGAGACCAAAACAGAAAUAAACAAGAAAAUCACUCAGAGAGCGCAGCACUCUACCAAGGCUGCUCAGUCACUGUAUGAUUUCCGAUGGAUAAAAUCUCUAAAAAAUUUGUGGUCUGCAGCGGUCAACUUGUGAUAGAUGUACAAUCAGGUAGUGUUCACUUGUUAUCAUGGUUACAAUGAUGCCAUGCCGCUAUCUCGCAAUGAUACAGAAAUCUGAAACAAAUCCGUGGAUCCAGACUAUAAGCUGCAUCAUUGCUGAAAUGUAAUCACUUGGUCCUUGUGUCAUUUCUGACCAUCUCUGAAAAUUUCAUCCAAAUCUGUUUGUCUGUUUUUGAGUGAUGUUGCUAACAGACAGACAGACAGACAAACGAACCAACAGCAAUUGUCACAUAACUAAAUCUAGAAAAGCACUCAGACAGUGCAGUCCUCCGCCAAGGAUAGAGAGGAAAACAGGAAACCCAUGCAGUAAAGGAUCAUGAGCUGGAAUCAAACCUGCAUCUCUGACACAGUUCUAUUUAUGAAUCACUGUCUUAAACCAGUUGAGCUAUCUGGACACCUUGCUCCAAUUUGUUGGACGACAUACUAACCUAUGAUGUUUUUUUGGACCACAUACUGAAACAUACUAAAACAUUCAAAGUGAGCUAGAAUCCAGGAUCCUUUCCGGAUUGCCACCAAAAUUAAAUCAGCUCUUCCUCUUACCAUAGUCUACAUCCCCUCAAAAUUUCAUGUGAAUCUGCCCAGGCAUUUUUGAGUUAUCUUGCUAACAGACAGACGGACACACAAACGCCGGGUGUCACAUAACCUCCUUGGCGGAGGUAAUAAAAACAAAAGAAACGAAGUGAAUACUUUUAUUAAGGGUCCAGAAACACUCCAUUGCUUAUGUUACACUCUAUCAACCAAGUUUGUAACUUUCCUCACACAACUUGACAUUAUCCGUGUUUCUAUAAGGUAAUAUUAUUUGUAUUUUGAAGUAUCGAAUAAGAAAAAAUUGGAGGUGGUGGGAAACGACCAAAUUCAAAAACUCUCAUCCCAAUUUCACCAAAAAGUUUGUCUCUUGUAGAUACCCAAAGUUUUGUUUAUUCCCUCUUCGUUUUUCUUUUUCUCGUUGGUUUUGUUUACCUUCUUUUACACUGGUAUUACAACCAUGCAAAACGUAGCCUUUACUGCCACCUUUUGACAACACAGAUUAAUUCAGUUUCUCCAAAGCAGAUAAUGGGGAAAAAGCAAAUUUGCAUUAUUUAUUUUUUUCAAUUUUUUUGCUCAUUUUAAAAGUCUACUUCAGAUUUGCUCAACAGAUAUGCAGAAACACGGCUAAUGGUAAAUCAAGGCUCCCUUUAUGAGUAUUUCUGCCAUCUAGUGGUAUCCUUGAAGAGUUCGAACCAAUUUAUAACUAGUGGUUCAUUAAGAUACUCCGCAAAAGUCAUUCCCAUAUAUGCAACACUCUAACAAGCCUUUUUACCAAUGUUUAGACUUCAAAUUGGUUAAGAUAAGUGACAAAUCAAAUCUUAAACUACCUCGCAGCUAUUCUUUCACAAGAUGUUACCCAGUAUUGAUCACUGAUUCUGAUCAGUAAUUGUAGAAUUCUCCUUUUGUCCAGUGAUGAUACAUCCAGUACACAAUGGGACAUCAGCUUUCCAACCAUACAAAGAUUCAUAUCACAAUAGAAGGUUGUCAUUUUUAUGCACCUUGAUCACAAUAGCAGUCACUGACAAGACAGAACCGGUAUUUUUAUCCAGAUGGAGAAUAUGGAUAGGAUUGAAUGAGUAGGUGAUUCUUGCUGAAUAAAACAGGAGCAGUGAUAAGAUAGCAGUGUAGGUAGAAGCUAUAGCAAAAGCAAUAUGUAAAAUACAGGACAUGCUUUUGUGUCAUAUGAUGUACUGUGAAAAACCUUGAUCUUUGAAAGUAAAUGAGUGUAUGUCAUGUUGCAUACGGUA